AUGCUUGAUUGGCUGCAACAAACGCCCGGAGCAACACCAGCCCCUGGAGGUGACGAUGUGAUUGAUAUCAACACGAGCAAGGUGACGGCUGGAUUUACUUCCCUUGUGCUCCUAUCAACGAUCCUGGGGAACCUGGCGCAGGUGCUGAACCCAUGGUACACGAAUGAUUCUCUGAUCGCAAUCUCCCUGGGAUUUCUGGCCUCACUUCCUCUGUGUGGAGAGAACUACUCGUCCAUACAUGGGUCCUUCGACACUGUUUUCUUCUUAUUCCUCGUGCCUCCCAUCCUCUUUGAAGCAGGUUUCGCUCUCAAUCAGAAAGACUUUUUCAAGAACUUCGCUGCGAUCUGCACGCUGGCUGUGUGUGGGACUCUGCUUUCUACCUUCAUCCUUGGAUUGGGGCUGUUUUUCUUGGCCAAGGAAAACUACAUCAAGGGCAUCAACGGCCAGAACCCUAAGGAAGGGUUGUUGUUUGGUAGUAUGAUGAGCGCUACUGACCCGAUCGGCACGCUGGCAGUGAUGGGAUCUCUAGACGUCGAUACACAGUUGUACUCCAUUGUGUUCGGGGAGAGCGUGAUCAACGAUGCUGUAGCGGUGGUGCUGUUUCAGACGUUUUUGAGCCUGCCGGACGGGAAUGACAUCUCAAUCUCCUCCUCGCAGGCCUUGGACGCUUUCGUCAACUUCCUUAUCGUUUCUAUCGGAUCUGUGGUGGUCGGGGCCUUGUUUGGGAUGCUGUCGGCAUUUAUCACAAAGAGGGUCAUCAAGGAUGGAGCUCCGCACAGUGAGGUCACAAUCGUGUUGAGCGUCGCAUAUCUCAGUUUCAUCUUUGCCGACGCUAUCAAGGUUUCUGGACUCAUGAGCAUCUUCUUCUGCGGAGUGAUAAUGUCACAUUACACCAAAUACAACCUCAGCAACAAGCAGGUAGGAGAAGAGAGCAACGGGAGGAAGGCUAAGAGUGGGAGAACCGAAGUUUGUCUUGGACUGGUGCUUCGUGGGCUGGUCAAUCGUGCUCUGUUUGAUAUCAAGAGCGAACGUGUUUUUCUUGUGCUGGUUGCUCAAUACUUGCAAGAGCUGACCAUCGUCAUGUUCAAUAGGGGAGCCAUUGCCUUCGCCCUCUCCCUCACCUUCCAAGGCCCCAACCGAACUUACAUCAUCCCUUGCGUCGUCGUUAUUAUCCUCUUCACCAACGUGUUCCUCGGCCAGCUAACAGCUCCUGUGCUGCGACUGCUCAAGAUUCCAACCUUCGUCAGUCAGGAUCACGGGGCGAACGUGAGUUCCUCUAUCAUGCGUGUCAUGUGCAACGCGAUCUCACUUCCUCCUCCCGCCAUGCUUCCUGCGACUGGUGCCGUGCGGACUCGUCGCUUCCUUCCUUCAGCCAAUCACAAGGUUGCACCUCAACUUGUCGAGUUGCGAGUGAUGGGAUGCGAACGUAUGCAGAGGCUCGAUCUUUCUCCGUAUCGACUCGCUCAUCACGUAUCAACAUGA